AAAGAAAACCCUGGAAAAACCCCCAACCAAGAAUCCAGUCACAGUACGCUGCGUGCUUACUGCUGUCUCCCUCAGUACAGCAAGUGAAAAUGGUGUUAGGGCUUAGGGAAUCCACGGCGAGAGUCGGCGACGGUGCCGGUCAACCUAUUCUCGACACGGAAGGCGGAGAGGAGCUUAUGCAAGUCCAGCCUUCUGUUUCCAUUGCGCUUGGCAAUCGAGCUCCUGAGUCUCCCGGCACUCUCUACAUCACCACCAAGCAAGUGGUGUGGUUGAGCGACGUGGACAAGACGAAGGGCUAUGCAGUUGAUUUCUUGUCUAUCUCGCUUCACGCCGUUUCGAGGGAUCCAGAGGCUUACUCUUCUCCUUGUAUUUACACUCAGAUUGAGACAGAAGAUGGUGAAGAUGAGUCUGAUGGCUCAGAUUCAGAAAAUCAUGAGGUUCUAGAUUUAUCCAAGGUCACAGAGAUGAGACUUAUUCCUUCAGAUGCUGGACAAUUGGAUACUCUGUUUCAGAUGUUCUCUGAGUGUGCUGAGCUGAAUCCUGAUCCAAUUGAAGAAGAUGAAGAAGGACAUGGUUGGGUUUUUAGUGCUGAUCAGUUGGAAGAUGAGGCUAGAGAGACUGAAGAUUCUGGAUGGGAAUUCUCUCACAAUUUAGUGAACUCGAUUGGUCAUUCAAAUGGCGAUCAUGACCUAGCUCAUACAGUGCUUCAGCUCCAGAUUAAUGAUCAACGCUUUGAGGAUGCAGAAGAGAUGGAACAUGCUAGCGACAGUGCUCAUCAGUGAGUUAUGUAUGCUUGUUUUUGGUUUAACCCAUUCACUAGAAGUUUGUAGUUUGGCAGAGUAAACUAAAUGCAACUUGCUUUAACAACCUUCACCCCAAGCAUUUCUAUGUAUACUUUUUGACUGGAUUGCACUCUUGCUGUUAUUUUAUAUCCUUUUUAUUUUCAUUCUCACAUUCCUGUAUCAGAUUUGGAUAACAUGUAAGACAAUCAGGCAGCCUUGUAAAAGAUGGGUGACCUUUUACUUUAGAUCACACAGAGGGGACCCAUCUAUUUGUUGA